AUGAGCAGAGCAAGCAUAGAACAAGCCCUCACGGGCUUAAUACCCACGCUGAGCGGGCCAUUGCCAGCCGAGCUGAUAGAGCUCGCGCUUUCGCUACUGACGCGGUCGCGAAGCGUCGCGACAUCGAUGAAGCCAGACGAAGAGAUCGCACGACCAUACGCAUGUGCGCAAUUAGCAUGUGAGAGGCUGAAGAAGCGUCUCAACCUCCCGACCAUCCAAUCGCGACCGCCUUGCCCCCCACGCAUAUACAAGAAACUAUACAACUACCUUAGCAGCGCACUCCCAGAGAGCACAGCGACCCGCGAGCCAACUACACCGCGAAAGCCGACAGCUUCAGCUCCGGCAUCAGCACGCAACACACCGUCAAAAACGCCGUUGGGCGCUAGGAAAACACCAAGGAGGGUUGAAAGCAAUGGCGAAGCACCAGAAUGGGUUAUGCCCACUAUACGCGCCUUGGCAAAGUCAUUCGACUACACCGGUCUUAUACCCCACGUAUACACAGGAGUAGAGUCUAUCUAUCCGCUGCUAUCCCGAAUGUCCGCCGCUGCCGCCGAAUCACCCAGCAAGCGACCUAAAAGAACCACAGUAUUGUCCUAUGGGGAUGUCAGCGAUACGCGCGUACUAAGUCUCAUCGUCGUGGUUUUUCUCCUAGUCUACUCGCGCAUGAAAGACAUAGAGGUUUCAGUACAACAAUACAACGAAUGGCUGGCGAAAGCAAUCAAGGCUGUCGUUGAACUACCUGCUGCCAAGGACAUUACAGACGAGGAGCUUCAGAUCAAGAUAGAAGAGACGAUGAAGAUGGCAAAAGAAGAGGGAUGGUUGCAGAUGCAGUGGUUCGAUAGUGUGAAGCCUCAGAGUGAUGGAGAUGAGAUGGAAGGCGUGGAGAUGAGCGAUAAUGCGGCAGUCAAGGCGAAGGGUAUGGGGUUGAAGGCUGGUGGCAGUGAUUAUAUUGGCUUGGGUACUAUGAUGCAGGAUGCAACUGAUUAUCUGGGUGAGCGUCAGCAGGAAGAUUAUACGAGAUGGAAAGCGAAGAUUUUGGCGAGAGUGCAAGAGAUUGAGGCGUCGGCGUAA